UGACAUAGUUGCUUAAUUUCACAAAGUUACACUUGAAUUCAUGGUUGAUCGUCGUCACGUCAAUGUGACUUUUAAAAACCUUGGUAGCGCAAAUCCUAACGCAUUGCAAAAACCUCAAGAGGCUUCGAUCGAAUUGUCGAAUUACUUAUACGCUUGGUCAUUUUGGUUACCUAGAACGUGCUGUAAGCCUUGUACAAUGCCUUCAAGCAUUGAUAUUAACAAAUUUCAAAAGAAGACAAAGAAAAAUAGAGCACACAGUAGUUUAUACACGGUACAAAAACCAUUCAACCAUGAUUUCAAAGUCAAGCCUUUAAAAUCGGAAAAAGUUCCUUUAAGCAAAACGAACUCUUUGAGAACUGAAAUAUUGAAUCCUAUACAAAAACAAUCACGGGAAUCCAUUAAAAUUGAGGAUUUUAGUAAGCAACAUGCGCCAAAAAACGCCUCACAUGAUAUCGCACAUCGGUCUGAACAAAAGAAGAUGGACAGUUUUAAGGGCGUUUUGUCAGUGGGAACAAAAAAUCAAAUCAAAAAAGUUUCACCUUCUUUUUCUAAUUCUACCACUUAUUUCAAAACAGUACCGCCGCGUGCCAAGUAUUCAAAAUGGAUACCAUCUGCAAAAUCGAAUUACUUCAAGACGCGUCCUUUGGCAACGCCGCACCAUAAUUUGCCUAGUCAAAAACACUCAACUGAGUUUGUUUACCAUUAUGAAAUGCCCACAAUUUGCUCUUUAUGCUAUUAUAGGGAUCCAGAAGCUUUCUGUUUUCACGCUAUAAAUGGCAGGAAUUUGAACAAAUAAAUUUUCAAUAAAAAUUCUUGAAAAUCGAAACAAAGUCGACUUCCACGUUU